CAAGCUAUAGCUCAAAAAAGAAGUUAUAGGUUAAAUACACAAAUUACUGCGUGAGGCUGUAAAACUUGUGCUAUACAGGAGGUUAGGUUGGAUUAUAAUAACUAAAGGUACAAUUUUGUCAUGAAAACUUUUAGUCGAUUUAAUGACAUAGGAGUAGGGGGAAAAAAAACAUUGUCACAGAAGAAUUAUGGUCCAGGAAGGGUGGGAGGUCGAAGAGUUCACUCACCCUGCAGUAGUGUCUGCUUCCUGCCGGGUUGGCCCCAUUUCCCUGCUCCAGGUAUUGUGACCCCAUGUACUAGGUCGCAGCACCACUCAAGUUUGGCCUUUUCGUCUCUAACUGAGGGCUUGGCUACACUGGAGAGUUGCAGCGCUGGUGAUGGGGUUACAGCGCUGCAACUCACUCUGUGUCCACGCUUGCAAAGCACAGCCAGUGCUGCAACUCCCUGGCUGCAGCGCUGGCUGUACACCUGGUCUGCUUGGGGUGUAGCGAUUCCAGCGCUGGUGAUGCAGCACUGGUCAUCAAGUGUGGCCACCAAAAGCGCUUUUAUUGGCCUCUAGGGUAUUAGGAGGUAUCCCAGCAUACCUUUUCAGCCACUCUGCUCAUCGUUUCGCACUCCACUGCCCUGGGCUCAGGUGACCCGCCCUUUAAAUGCCCCGGGAAUUUUAAAAAUCCCCUUCCUGUUUGCUCAGCCAGGUGUGGAGUGCAAUCAAUCAAUCGCUGACCAUGCCUCCACGCCCCAAACGAGCCCCAGCAUGGAACACUUCCGAGCUGCAGGACCUCAUUAGUGUUUGGGGAGAGGAAGCUGUGCAGUCAUAACUGCGCUCCAGCCGUAGAAAUUAUGAUACCUAUGGGCAGAUAUCAAAGUCCUUGCAGCGAAGGGGCCAUGAACGGGACGCGUUGCAGUGCAGGGUUAAAGUAAAGGAGUUGCAGAGUGCCUAUUGCAAAGCCCGUGAGGGAAACCACCACUCAGGAGCUGCCCCCACAACCUGCCGUUUUUACAAGGAGCUGGAUGCCAUACUUGGGUGUGAUCCCACUGCCAAUCCGAGGAUCACAAUGGAGAGUUCAGAGCAGGGAGAAGUGGGGGAGGGUGUAGAGGAAGCUGAGAGUGAGGCUCCUGGGGUGGAGGGAGACACCCUGGAGUCCCAGGAGGCAUGCAGCCAGGAGCUCUUCUCAAGCCAGGAGGAAGCUAGCCAGUCGCAGCAGCUGGAACUUGUUGGUGAAGAAGAAGCAGAGGAGUGGGUUCCUGUGUCCUUGAAUCCUCUGGCCCUAUCACAGCCUUCUGAAAGACUACAGAACUUGAGGCGCAAGCCAAGGAAAAGCAAAGAAGAUUUGGUGAAAGCAGUUAUGAAUCAGUAUGCCAGAGAGAGUAAGAGGCUUCAGGAUUGGAGAGAGAAAAUGCAUGAGUGGAGGGAAACACAAAGCAGGAGAAAGGAAUUGGCUACCAAGAAAAGCACAAAGCAGCUGAUAAGCCUCCUGGCGCAGCAGAUGGACUGUAUGCAGUCUCUCGUAGCCAUGCAGGCAGAUCAGUACCGUGGUAACCCCCGCCCCCCCCCCCCAAAAAAAAAAAAAAAAAAGCUCUCUCUCUUGUUCCCCAGUGUUUGCUCAAAACACCUUUCUCCAGCAGCCUGGUUCUUACCACCAUCAGCUGCCCCCAACACCUGUACGUUCACCUACCAGCCCUGAGAACUACAACCCUUACCCUAUGCACUCAACCCCCAUCACAAUGCAGCAUAUUAAUCCUGAAAUGCAGCAGGCAUUGCACAGCAAUCCAGGCGGGACAUAUUCAAACCUCUGAAUGUACAGUCCA